AUGGCCAAAUUAAUGCACCAGUCGAAGCAGUCCAGCUGGCAUUCUGAUUUGUGGAGUUUCGUUACGGACAUUAUGGCCACGACGGAUACGAACAAUACGAAGUGUAUCUGCUCGGAUCUUCAAACAGACGACUAUUCACUCUUCUAUGCGUGGUACAACUAUUUGCUCAUAAUCUUUGCUCUUCCAACUUUAUCGAUUUUUGGCGUUUGUACAAAUAUUAUCAACUUGUUCAUUUACUCGAGAAGAAGAAUGAGAAACUCAGCCAACACCUAUUUGCUCUUUUUGGCUUGUUCGGAUUUUCUGGUGAUUCUCACGGGUCUCUUCAUUUUCUGGAUCGAUAGUGCUCGGUCGUAUAUCCCUGAAUUGGCUCGAGCUCCCUACACAACAGUUUACACUCUUCCUUUCGGAUACAUGGCUCAAACGUGUAGCAUCUAUUUCACCGUCGCUGCCGCCGUCGAUUGUUUUGUGAAGGCAUGCAUGCGACGCCGGUCCACCCACUACUGUACGGUGAAAAACGCAAAGAAUAUCUGUUACUGUAUCACUGGGAUCAGUGUACUUUAUAAUUCUUUGCGAUUUCCACAAUUUAAUCUAAGGAAAUGCUUUCACGAGCCAAGCCAGGAAACGAUCAUUGAAAUCUGCCCGACGACUCUUUUCUAUACAAUCAACACAAUUUACAAUGUUUAUAUGUAUAUGGUUUUGAUGACUUUGUUGCCUUUUCUGUUUCUUUUGAUUCUCAACGCGAUCAUCGUCAUUCGACAAAGCGUUCCGGCAAGACCAGCUUUUAAACCGACACAGAAUGGGCACACGAUAAUUGAACCCGAGGAGAAAAUUGGUGGCACCGGGGAUGACACGAUCACGAUGAUCAUGGUUGUCGUCCUCUUUUUAAUGUGUAACACUUUGGCUCUCUUUGUGAACAUCUAUGAGACUCUAUUCGAACCGGAUCAACUCAUCAUCAAUUAUUUAACCGAUGCCUCGAAUUUCCUUGUCAUUCUGAAUUCAUCAGUGAACUGUGUGAUCUAUUUCAUCUUUAACAAAGAUUAUCGCUUAUUGUUGUUAAAACACGCUGAACGAGUGAAACGGAUAUUGCGAGCCGAGUAUUUUUGCUGUUCUACAGGCGAACGCAAUACAUCCUAUCAACCGGUGAGCGCCAUUCACGAGAAAGUCUCUCAGCCGAGUAUUCAAAAAGCUGUACCUGAUUAUCCACGACAAGAGAAUCAUGAACCUAAUGCUCCUCCCCUGGAAUUACCCGAAUCUCCAGUUUGGCAACCCCAACCGUUAACCCAGCAACGAUUGCUAGGUUUAGAGCAUUGGGUGACAGAAUUGCACAAUAAUUCGAUUAAUGAACCGGAUUGGAAUUGCGAGGAAUCUGUGGUGGACAGUGGAUGGGGAGACUCGGUGUCGACUAGACAAGCUCCAGAAUUGCCGAGUGCUCGUCGCUGGAUUGCGGAAGUGAAAAUUGUUGAAGGGGUGAGCAGUCAACGGCCGCAUAUCGUCGUCAAACCUUUGAAUUCUCAAGAUUCAAUCUCUGUCACUCCUCUA